AUGAAGUCAUUCCUACAGCUCCUGUCUUUCGGCCUUGUUGCCGUCAGCGUCUCUGCCGUCCCAGUUGUCGAGGAACGCCAGGACGUUGUCUAUCAACUCAGUGUGGCCACUAAGGGAGACGCCAAGCUUGACGGCCAGAAGCUGGAGAUUGUGAACGCUGUAGUCGGUGUCUUUAAGGGAGACCACCCCCCUGCGAAGGUUUACGAGAUCAAAAACCAGCAGAACCCAAAGCUCAGCGAGCUGCACACUUCGCCAGUUGGCAUUGUGGACCAUGUAUUAGGUCUCAAGGGGGACAACGGCUUGUACAACCUUGUGGAUAUUACCAAUAUCCAUAGCACCGACAACUCGAAAACUCACUUCAGCACAUUCAAGCUGAAGGAUGGCCUCGUCACCCAGGACCUACCCGGACAUUGGAUUGCUUUCCCCAGCGGUAAUGGUGCCUGGGACGUGAAGUGGUACGAUGGCAAUGCUAUCAUCACCCAAAAUUAUGUUUCGGUAGACGUUAAGUACAAGAAGUCUACUAAGUAG